GUCACCGUGUUCGGCUUCCAGAAUCCUGCUCGGCCUACUUUUUAAAUUAGACAGAUUGACCUUUGACUCCCCCGUGUGCCCUCUAUUUGCAACAAUAAUGUCACCCCCUGCACAAGGCCGUGUUUUGCUAGCAUACUCUGGCGGUCUUGACACUUCAUGCAUCUUGGCAUGGCUGAUCGAGGAGGGCUAUGAGGUUUAUGCCUUCAUGGCUGAUGUCGGUCAGGAGGAGGAUUUCGAAGCAGCUAGAAAGAAGGCACUCAGUGUUGGUGCAAAGAAAUUCUUCGUGGAGGACCUGAAGCGUGAAUUUGUGACGCAGUUAAUCUACCCUGCUGUACAAGCAAACUGCAUCUACGAAAAUGUAUAUCUACUUGGAACUUCUCUCGCCCGUCCCGUUAUUGCUCGCGGGAUGAUAUCCGUUGCAGACAAAGAGGGUUGCGACUAUGUAUCGCACGGCUGCACAGGUAAAGGGAAUGAUCAGGUUCGCUUUGAACUUGCCUUCUAUGGUCUUAAGCCCGACAUCAAGGUCAUCGCUCCUUGGAGGCUUCCUGAGUUUUAUAACCGUUUCCCUGGUCGACAAGCACUACUUGCAUACGCGGCGGAGAAGGGAAUUCCGGCAGGAAUCCUCGAGGAUCCGAACACUACACCUCCCGACGACAUGUGGAAACUCACCACGUCCCUGCAAGAUGCACCAGCGGAACCUGAACAGUUGUCGAUCGAGUUCAAGGCUGGUCUUCCCGUGAAGGUUGUAGUUGCUAACCAGACCCCUCUCACUGAUCCCGUCGACAUCUUCCUCGCCCUUAAUGCUGUCGCGAGGAAGCAUGGUGUAGGCCGUAUCGAUAUCGUCGAAAACCGAUUUAUCGGCGUCAAGUCUCGUGGUUGUUAUGAGUCGCCCGCAGCGACUAUUUUACGUGUCGCGCAUAUGGACAUUGAAGGUCUCACGCUUGACCGCAAUGUUCGUGCUCUUCGUGAUCAGUUCGUUACCAUCGAACUGGCCCGUAUUCUUUACAAUGGCCAUUUCUUCACCCCUGAGCGCGAGUUCGUAACCAGCGCCAUCCCCGCGAGCCAGCGCACCGUCAAUGGAACAGUACGCUUGAAGCUCUACAAGGGUAACGUCGUUGUUAUCGGCCGCUACUCCGAUGAGGGUCUUUAUGAUGAACACCAAUCUUCCAUGGACGAACUCGGUGGGUUUGAGCCAACAGACACCACAGGUUUCAUCCAGAUUGAAAGCAUCCGCAUCAAAAAGUGGGGUCAGGCCAAUGCUCGCAAGGGCCAAGCUGGCGUUGAGCCACAAGAUGUCUAUGGUUCCCGCAUAUAG